GCCGGCGGCGGCGGCGGCGGCGGCGGCGGCCGCCGGCCCUUCCCCGCCCCCCGACAUGGGGCUGCCCGGGGAGCUGGACGCUGCAGACGACGGCGGAGGGUGCGCGCGGCGCCCCUGAGCCGGCCGAGCGGGCGGGCCGCGGGAUGAAUGACUGAUUCAUAGUCGGAGAGCUGCAGAGAGGCUGGAAGGCAGGCGGUUCUGGGAUCCAGCUGGGGCCGAAUGCACACCUUCCACCUUCGAUUAACACCAAAGAUGAAGAAACUGAGGCCCAAAGAAGUUAUCCACUUGGUUGAGGUCCCAGAAUAGAUCAGAACCAGGUCCACUAUCAGAAACUUCCUCCUGGCUCCUGACUGUCUGAUCCCCUGAGGUUCAUUUCCUGACAGACAAGAAUUUCUUUUUCCUAAGAUGGAGUCAAGCAAAAAGAUGGACGCUGCUGGCGCACUGCAGCCCAACCCACCACUCAAGCUGCAGCCUGAUCGGAGUGCAGGCUCAGUGCUUGUGCCCGAGCAAGGCGGCUACAAGGAGAAGUUUGUGAAGACAGUGGAAGACAAGUACAAGUGUGAGAAGUGCCGCCUGGUGCUGUGCAACCCCAAGCAGACUGAGUGUGGGCACCGGUUUUGUGAGAGCUGCAUGGCUGCCCUGCUCAGCUCCUCGAGUCCAAAAUGUACAGCGUGCCAAGAAAGCAUCAUCAAAGACAAGGUGUUUAAGGAUAAUUGCUGCAAGAGAGAGAUCCUGGCCCUUCAGAUCUACUGUCGGAAUGAAGGCAGAGGUUGUGUAGAGCAACUGACUCUGGGACAUCUGCUGGUGCACCUAAAAAAUGAAUGCCAGUUUGAGGAGCUUCCCUGUCUUCGUGCCGACUGCAAAGAAAAAGUACUGAGAAAAGACUUGCGGGAUCAUGUGGAAAAGGCCUGUAAAUACCGAGAGGCCACAUGCAAUCACUGCAAGAGCCAAGUCCCCAUGAUCACACUGCAGAAACACGAAGACACUGAUUGUCCCUGUGUGGUGGUGUCCUGCCCUCAUAAGUGCAGCGUCCAGACUCUUCUGAGAAGUGAGUUGAGUGCACACUUGUCAGAGUGUGUCAAUGCCCCCAGCACCUGUAGUUUUAAGCGCUAUGGCUGCGUUUUUCAGGGUACAAACCAGCAGAUCAAGGCCCACGAGGCCAGCUCCGCGGUGCAGCAUGUGAAUCUGCUGAAGGAGUGGAGCAACUCCCUGGAGAAGAAGGUUUCCUUGCUGCAGAAUGAAAGUGUUGAAAAAAACAAGAGCAUCCAAAGUUUGCACAAUCAGAUAUGUAGCUUUGAAAUUGAAAUUGAGAGACAGAAGGAAAUGCUUCGAAACAAUGAAUCCAAAAUCCUUCAUUUGCAGCGAGUAAUAGACAGCCAAGCAGAGAAACUGAAAGAACUCGACAAGGAGAUCCGUCCCUUCCGGCAGAACUGGGAGGAAGCAGACAGCAUGAAGAGCAGUGUGGAGUCCCUCCAGAACCGUGUGACCGAGCUGGAAAGCGUGGACAAAAGUGCAGGGCAGGCGGCUCGCAACACAGGCUUGCUGGAGUCCCAGCUGAGCCGGCAUGACCAGAUGCUGAGUGUUCAUGACAUCCGCUUGGCGGACAUGGACCUGCGGUUCCAGGUCCUCGAGACCGCCAGCUACAAUGGUGUGCUGAUCUGGAAGAUCCGUGACUACAAGCGCCGGAAGCAGGAAGCCGUCAUGGGGAAGACCUUGUCUCUCUACAGCCAGCCUUUCUACACGGGCUAUUUUGGCUAUAAGAUGUGUGCCAGGGUCUACCUGAAUGGGGACGGAAUGGGGAAAGGGACACACUUGUCGCUAUUUUUUGUCAUUAUGCGUGGAGAAUAUGAUGCUUUGUUGCCGUGGCCAUUCAAGCAGAAAGUGACACUCAUGCUGAUGGAUCAGGGGUCCUCUCGACGUCAUCUGGGAGAUGCAUUCAAGCCUGAUCCCAACAGCAGCAGCUUCAAGAAACCCACUGGAGAGAUGAAUAUCGCCUCUGGCUGCCCAGUCUUUGUCGCCCAAACUGUUCUAGAGAAUGGGACGUAUAUUAAAGAUGAUACAAUUUUUAUUAAAGUCAUAGUGGAUACUUCGGAUCUGCCUGACCCCUGACAAGUAACUGGGGAGGUGGAUUCAGCAGAAGGUAACUCCUCUGGGGGGUUGAAGCGGUCUGUCUUCACGAAGGUCCUCGCCCUCAAAAAGGACCGUGUGGAACAGGGUAAGCAGCCGGAGGAGGAGGAGGAGGCGUGGCUGGAGGAGCCACACGUGAAAACAGACCCCAACGGAUUUCUAAUAGACUAGCCACACUCACUCUGAAGAAUUAUUUAUCCUUCCACAAGAUAAAUACUGCUGUCAGAGAAGGUUUUCAUUUUCAUUUUUAAAGAUCUAGUUAAUUAAGGUGGAAACAUAUAUGCUAAAAAGAAACAUGAUUUUUCUUCCUUAACUUGAACACCAAAACCGAAAACACACAUGGAGGUAGCUGGGCGUGUCAGCAUGUUAAUUUAAAAGGAGAACUUACGAAAUAAUAAUACAGUUUUGAUAUAUUCAUCCUAAAAUUCAAGAGUGCAAUCUUGUUUCAAAUAUAGUAUAUUGUCUAUUUUUAAGGCCUCAUCUGGUCUCUGUUCUAAUAAUCUGUUUGUCAGAAGGCCCUGAGUAGACAUCAAGUCUCUAAAUUCAGAAGUCAUUUUUAAUUUAAAGUUCUACAAAUAAUUGUUACUGCAACAUUUUGUUUUAAAACGUUGAUAGACUGAUAUUUCUUGGAAGAAAAUGUAAAAUAUCAAACACUGGUUAUCACUUGUGAUAGGAAAGAGAAUAUUCAACCUGUCGUUAUUUCUCGUUAGAAAUGUAACCCUUCACUAUCUGUCGUAGUUAGUGACAUACUUCCCAAUGACUAUGAGAGGGACAAUGCUCAUGGAUGCUGUGCAUCAUUGCAGACUUACAGUUGUCUUCACCCUAAAAUAGGGCAUUAGUUGAACUUUGGAGUUCUACACAAAACCCUGUAGGUUUUUAAAAUUCUGCCCCAUGUUUAGACAAGCUCUCUGUUGCUGACAGCACCCGCCGCGGUCUCCAGGGUCCAGUGUGUGGGGAUAGGCAGGUGACCUGUGCCGCAGGAGGCCCCAGCAAGUGUUUCUCAUCCUGUCAUACUGCUGCAGGAGGCUAAUGAUCUCCGAAAGCAACGUCUGUGCUCAGAGAUGGUGGCAUACGGUACAUGUGCCUUAGAUGUGACAUGCUGCUUCUCGUCCUUGGGUUUGCGUUCACCAUGAUUCUAGAAAGUGGUAGUUUAACCAGAUCUUUCUCUCUCCACCGCCAAUCUUUGUCUCUACCAGGGCCCUCAGACAACUGUGAACCUGCCUGGGGAAGCCAGGCCUCCAUUGGCAGCUUCUGGAGGCUCUGCUGCUAAAUAGUCACGGAUUCCAACUCUAGGCCCCCAAGAGCAGCUCAGUCCCACCCCAAGGGAGGGAGGUGUAAGCAGAAGCCACACCCUUCCAAGUCUCCACAAGGGCCCUGAAAAUCCCCACAGCAUGAAGGAGAAGCCCCACCCACCCACCCUAAGCAUUCCCAAGACCGAACCACUGGUCUGGGGGCCUGCCCAGGCUGGCCAGCAGCGGCCCUGGCCUCCCUGUUAGAAGGAUGGCCAGCUGAUGCCCCAGCCUGUCCUGUCCAGAUGGCACUCCCAGCUCACUGUUUACGUCUCUCGAUGGUCCAACUGUGAUAGAAGCCUGGAGCCCUGCCCCGGUGCCCCUUUUGCUAUGCACCACACUUCAUGGUGCUCUCACACUGAUGGGUGCUACACGCGACGGGUGCUUCUUAGGCAAAACCAAUGUGUGCGAACCACCACAUCUGUGCCACUUGCCCAAAAGGCGCGCCCACAAUUGGCCAGCUGGGCCCGCGCUUCAGACUGCCUGCCUCUGGGCUCUCCCCAUGGUCGCGCGGGGACAGCUGGGUUGGUGCCUGGUGGCCCACCUUGUCUCUGGUGCUGCCAUCUGUCCUGGGUGUGCCUUUGCCCCAGUGCCUGCUGGAAGUGCCCUCCUCCUGCACACCUGUCCCCAUGCCUCCAUGAAUGACCUCCUGGUCUCCAGCACUUGUCCUGCCCUUCCAUGGCUGAAACAUUGGGCUCCUCACCUGCUGCUCCCUUCUCCACUCUGCUGGGAUCGCUUUGGGGUAAGUCAGUGGAAGCCUGCAGAGCCCACAUCCUUUCAGAAGUACCCUCUUUUCCUCCAGGCCUGCCUCUCCCCCCCACCCCCCACCCCGGGGUUCGUCCCCAAAGACCUGGAGUCGGGAGGACCACCUGGCAGUCCUUAGCUGGCCUCAGGUAGCUUUUUCAUGGGCAGGUGUCAGCAGCAGGGACAUCCUUGCAACACCCCUUUGAAGAAGUCAGCACAGGGCCAAUAGGUAGAGGCCAGCAACAUCGUGGGCCGAUAGAAAGCAUGCCUGUCUGUAGGUUUAGACCCUGCUAUGAGGGUGACCCUGAGGGAUCCUCAGGCACUCCCUGUUAGUGAGACUUUUUACAAGACUCUUCCUAUGUGAUGCGGACCCUCCUGCCCCCCCCCCCACACCUGCAGGAUGUGAGGAAAGCAACUAAGUAACUGUUGUCCCCUGGGAUGAGGGCCCAGCAUGUCACAGCUUCCUGUAGUGUGUCUUUUGCAUUUCUUGGUAACAGUAGAGUAGUGGGCAAGCUCAUCCCUUUGUGCCCUGUCUCAGUGUGUGAAGGACGGGCGUGCGAGACAUGUCUCCUGGGAGGUGUGGAGCAUGUCAUGUCCUGCCUGGGUGUGUCUUGCUCUGCUCCGGCUCAGCAUUCCUUGGUGCCCCCUUGGUGCUCACCGCCUGGGCCAGCUUUGGGCUGUGGUCUCAGCAUAGUUGAGGCCCUGCUGCCAGUUCUGGCAGCCAGCCCUCUCCAUUUCACAGGGUCCUGGCCACAAGAAACACAGGCUGGUCGUGCAGUGUGUACCUGGCUGUGCGAAAGUGUCAAUUGCUCACUCUAUAAAGGCCAUUUGUCCUGUGGCCUCCAUGAGGAAAUUGGACACAACUCCUGCUUGCCUGGGCCAGUGUCUGUACCUGCUCAAAGCCACCCCAGUAAGAUGCAAGCCACUAAGUAGCAGUGUGUCCUGAGGCCUGACCCGUGGUUUUUGUGAGUAGUGGAAAGCCUGUGUGAGUAACAACCCAGGACCAGGCUGGGAGUGAGCGCCUUCUACCUUCCUUGGUCAGGGAAAGGAAGGUAGCCUGAAGGCCCUGACUGGGCCUCCCUUACUUCUUGGGGAUAGACAGACCCAACCGAGGCCGUGUAGCCUGCCAGGCUGUGGGUAAGACAGAGCAAUGGAUGAGACUGCAGAUGAGUAUGCGUGAUGGGCUCAUGGAGGAGAGUAGCGCCCACACCCCAACCUACCCAGCUAUCAGUUUCUCUCGAACCCAUGCUUAGCAUUUGAAGAAGCAAAGGGCUGUUGAGGGAGCCUGCACCUCAGUCCAUCUCCAUCUCCCCUUGAAGUAGCCUAUGCACAGAUGUACCGUGUCCCUAAGACAGCAGAGCAGCCAGACGGCACAGCAGUCAGCUAGCUGUAGGAGGUGACUGCGUACGGCCACGUCCUGCCUCCUUUCUUGUCUCUUUUCUUUCUCCAUUUCCUCCAAAGACUGGGACUCCAGGGAGCGGUGGCAUGAAGCACUGACUUUGCUCCCUGGGCGGCCUCCAGCAGGGCCUUCAGACCCACCACCACCAGAUCCCCUUUGAAUUGGCUUUGUCUCACUAUCUGUGGUCAGCCUCAUGAGGCCCUGGAGGUCAGACGCAGUCUCUUUCGGGUAGCUGGCCACCUUCCCCAUACCUCCUUAGUCUGCCCCAGAGUCCUACCUGGAGUCGGGACCACAUGCCUGCUCCCUUGGGCCUGACAUUAACGAUACCACUGUGACUGAGCAGUGUGUGGUAGCAGUCACCCAUGACAGGCCUGACGAGCAGUGGACUAUAUCCAGCAAAGGGGAGUGUGUCUGGGAAUGCCAAGCAACAGGGUCUCGGGUGGACUACUGCUGCUGGCCCAAGAGGAGAGCAGGGGGAGGGCCAGUGCCAACAGCAUGACCCUUGCCGCCUCUUCACCCCUGCACACUGCCAAGCAUUGCAGGGAAGCACUUUGUACCUGACCAAGACAUUUCCCACCUGACGGGGGACAGGGUGGGUCAGUCCCUACCCUCCUAUACAUCCCUCUGCUUGGGACCAUCAGUGAGUGGAGAAUGGCUUGGUGGAGCUUAGGGUACUUUUUUUUAAACUUUCAAUCCAGCCCUGUCCUGGCUCGACUGCAGGAGAGCUAGUGUGAGUUCCAGGCAUGCCAUUCAUUGUGUCUGAGUGUGACAAAUGAGGGUCUGCCUCCAAAUCUUCUCAGACUAAGAUCAUGGUUUUUGUCUUCCGUUUACAAAUCCAUAGCAGCUCUUUUCUCCAGCCUAGAACGUGUCCACAGGGUCUGGGUCAGGUGAGGGGAUAGUUGGCAAGUGAUCCAGCCAUCAUUAACUGUUUCACUCCAGCUGGUGCUGGUUGCCGUGGGCACUGUGGCAUCAGGGAGCCAGGCCUGCAGGGACAGUAAAAAGAGGCCAGCAGCCCAUCACAAAGACCUGGACAUGCCCCAGCCUGUUGUCCACUUGGAGGGUUCCCUGGGCACCAUUGCUAGCAGGUGGGCAGUGACCCACACAAAGGCAGCCAUACAGCUAAGCAGGCCCAAGUAGCCCAGCAGGGUGAUUCAUUUCCCCUGCCACACCAUGUCUGGAGUCUUUCUUGUGAGUUCACUGUGGAAAGGAGGUCACUGUGCCACUCCGUAGUCAGUGGUGACUGGCGUACACCCUUAGUCCCCUUUAGUCAAGUCAGAUAACCUUCAAAAGCAAAUAAAUGACCUAAUUGGAAAACACAAAAGCCGGCCUUCCUUCCAAGGAUUUCCCUAAGCAUCUGUAGGCGCUGACUGAGGAAGUGGGGAUUAAUGCAGACUGCUGUGGAGUUGCGUUCUUUUCUCUGAUGGCACGCCUCUUGUGUUCAGUUCUAUUACCCAAAAACAAAGACCAAAGAAGGCCAAUCUCUCAUUUGACUGUAUUUCUAAUCUGCCUGUUUUGACACUUGCCGUCUGUAGUAACCGCUCGCUGUGAGGCCCCAUCUUGACAGUCCAAGUGAUUGUGACCAGUGAUUAGCGUCCCGUGUUCUUCCGCUCUUCUAAGAAACUGAGACAGUGUGAGUUAUUGCUCAGCAAUAAUCCUGUCACUAGGAGUUAGCAACAUGUCUCAUUUCCUGAUAGCAUUAUGAUGUUUUGUAUUCUGUUUACUGUAUGUUAUGUGUGGUUUCAUUUGGUAUUUAUUUGUGUUUUGAGGUCUUGCGAUGUUUCUGUUCUGCUGCUAAUAAUAAAGUUUGUAAGACUGUAGAAUGCAAAAUUUUGCAAUGCUAAAGUGUCUAUUAGAGGAAAAUAAAGCUGAUUUAAGAGUCCUGA